AUGAUGAAGAUUCGGAUGGGUAGGAAUUCCCGGCCGACCUUUUCCAGAUGUCCAUCCGCAAGCGCGGCCGGCGGCACGGGGAGCACCGGCGAGUGCGGCGCGGCCGCGUCGAGCGGCGGCGCGGCGAGCAGCACCGCCCCGUCGGUGGGCGAGGACCUGCUGCGCAUGUUCGAGGAGUCGGCGCUCUCAGACGUGGAGGUUAUUUGUACUUGUGCUCCUGGUGCCGGGUGCGUGUUCAAGGCGCACAGGCUUAUCCUGGCUGCGCGCUCACCAGUCUUCAAGGCAAUGUUCUUGACCGGCAUGCGAGAGAAGCGCAUCGGGAAAGUGGUUAUCGAGGAUGUUUCUCCAGAGGCAAUCAAAUGCAUGUUAGACUACGCCUAUAAAGACGACUGUCCAGAUCUUGACGAG